CCGCGGUCCGCAGAGGCCGGGAGCGCGGCCGCGGCGCAUUUCCUCUUCCGUGCGCGCAGCUCACGUCCACCAGGGGGGCCAGCGGCGCUCUAGCGGGUGACAAGCCCGGGCUCGCGCACUUUAACCCGCACCACCCCAAACUUUCUGGCAGGUCCCACGUCUGUAAGUCCCCUUGGUGCUCCGGGGUGGCUCUCCUAGGAGAGUGGCGAGGUCGUAGGAGCGCACAGGGAGGAAAGACGGUCUCGGUCCGCUUCUGAGCGCCUAGGGCGGAAGCCCUCGCACCCCUGGCCCCUGCACCCCGCUGCGCGCACCCGGGGACGAGCGGAGACCGCGGCGCCCGGAGCUGAGCUGAGCGCGGGAGCGCGGCCCGGCCUCCUCCCCCUCCCUCCCCUCCCACUCGGGCGCGCGCGGGCGGGGCCGUCCCUUCCGGGGCGCCACCGCUCCCACCCCCUGCAGCCGCUGACGGUGACGCGCGGGAGCCGCAGCCGGGCGCCGUCGCCACCAUGCGGGCCGAGGGCCGCGGCGGCCUUGAGCGCUUCUGCAGCCCGGGAAAGGGCCGGGGGCUGCGCGCCCUGCAGCCCUUCCAGAUGGGCGAGUUGCUCUUCGCCUGCCCGGCCUACGCCUGCGUGCUCACGGUGGGCGAACGCGGCGGCCACUGCGAGCACUGCUUCGCCAGGAAAGAAGGAUUGUCGAAAUGUGGAAGAUGCAAGCAGGCAUUUUACUGCAAUGUGGAGUGUCAGAAAGAGGAUUGGCACAUGCACAAGCUGGAGUGCUCCCCCAUGGUUGUCUUUGGGGAAAACUGGAACCCUUCAGAGACUGUGAGGCUCACAGCAAGGAUUCUGGCCAAACAGAAAAUCCACCCAGAGAGAACACCUUCCGAGAAACUGUUAGCCGUGAAGGAAUUUGAAUCACAUCUGGACAAGCUGGACAAUGAGAAGAAGGAUUUGAUUCAGAGCGACAUUGCCACGCUCCACCAGUUCUACUCCAAGCACCUCGAGUUCCCCGACCACGACAGCCUAGUGGUCCUCUUUGCCCAGGUUAACUGUAAUGGCUUCACCAUUGAAGAUGAAGAACUUUCCCAUUUGGGAUCAGCGAUAUUUCCUGACGUUGCUCUGAUGAAUCAUAGCUGUUGCCCCAAUGUCAUUGUGACCUACAAGGGGACGCUGGCAGAAGUGCGUGCGGUGCAGGAGAUCCACCCGGGGGAAGAGGUGUUCACCAGCUACAUCGACCUCCUGUACCCAACAGAAGACAGGAAUGACCGGUUGAGGGACUCCUACUUCUUCACCUGUGAGUGCCGGGAGUGCACCACCAGGGACAAGGAUAAGGCCAAGGUGGAAAUCCGGAAACUCAGCGACCCUCCGCAGGCCGAAGCCAUCCGGGACAUGGUCCGGUACGCCCGCAAUGUCAUCGAGGAGUUCCGGAGAGCCAAGCACUACAAGUCCCCUAGCGAGCUUCUAGAGAUCUGCGAGCUGAGCCAGGAGAAGAUGAGCUCGGUGUUCGAGGACAGCAACGUGUACAUGCUGCAUAUGAUGUACCAGGCCAUGGGCGUCUGCUUGUAUCUGCAGGACUGGGAGGGCGCCCUGAGUCGGCACUACCCUCUGUAUUCCCUCAACGUGGCCUCCAUGUGGCUGAAGCUCGGCCGCCUGCACCUGGGCUUGGAGAACAGAGCCGCCGGGGAGAAGGCCCUUAAGAAGGCCCUGGCCAUCAUGGAGGUUGCCCACGGCAAGGACCACCCCUACAUCUCCGAGAUCAAACGCGAGAUGGAAAGCCGCUGAGCCUGGGCGGCUUGAGGGUCUCCACGGGGGAGCUGCGGGGAAGUAAGCCACAGUGCACGCCCUGCCCUGCACCCUGCGGCGGCAGCUUCCUGGCCCAGCCCAAAGUCACGUGCAUCUUGGACGCUUGCCUUUCCUGAGGUCAUGGCCUGGUUUCACACAUCAUCCCUCACGGGGCCUGCGGAAUUUGCAGUUACUUUGCCCUUCAUGCCUGUUGCAGUGUUGCACACAAACUUGAAUGAUAGCAGAUAAUAAAAGCGACACGUUGCUCGG